GUUGUGUUGUAAUUUUACAGAUGAAAGAAUUUGUACCAUUUCUCUCUAACCAUAUACUUGGCUGGCCAGCGGUGUAGUAACGUCUGCACUAGACUUUGAGGUGAGUGAUCACGGGUUCGAAUCCAGCUGGCUCCUCGCAUGCAUUCCAUCUGUGCUGGGUUGAGUGUUGAGCUAGCAACUCGGCCUCAGUUUUAAAAAAACAGACAAGUGCUAAAGAAACAGCAGGGUUACCACCCAGUGCGCCACAGGGCGUGGAGAGAAACAACAAUCCAACCAUAUGCAGGAAAUAUGUGGGAACCUAAUGGGCCAAUGAAACAUCCAAAUUAUUUUUCUUUUCUUCAGUGAUUUGCCAGGAUGAAAUAAUUUAAAGCAUUAACUAUAAUACAAGGAAACACGAGGACAACCACAAGGAAGGACGUAGAUGCUUUAGAGAGGGUGCAGAAGAGAUGUUCCAGGAUGGUGCCUGGACUAGACAGCUUGUCUCAUGAAGGCAAUGAAGUACUUUUGGAGUGCUGACUCUGUGGGAUUUUGCCAACAAAGGUUUUGUUCCCAUUCCACCUCAAGAUUCUAAUCUCAAGUUCUACACUUCGCUGAUGCUGCCUGACUUGCUGAGUUCCUCCAGCAUUUUGUGUGUGUCGCUUGAAGUGAUCUGGUUUAUUCAACCAACUGGGUCAUGUAAAAUCCUGUAACUUAGGACGACCACGAUGGGAAAUUCUAUAUGGAGUGGAGCUGGUCUUCAACCUUGCCUGCAGCGAUCUAUUUGACUAUUAAUUGGUUUCUGGUCCUUGAUGAGAUUAAAGUGCAGUUAAUCUACAUUAGAAAUCUACAGUGCAAAAAGAAACUAAAAACACUGGAUAUUUCGAUUGUCUUGACUCAGCCGAAACUUAGUUUCAUUCAGAAGUAUUAGCACUGCUAUACCUGCCACAAAUAUUUUUUACAAAGCUGCAAGCAAUACCAUAUGCGCGAUGGGUGACAUGACGAACAGUGCAGUGGAUUUCUAUCCAAAGAACCAAAGAAGUGAAUCCAACCAUGCAGGUGAAUUUGGGUGUUCUCUCAAUGAACUUCGCUCUCUUAUGGAGCUACGUGGAUCAGAGGCAGUGCAAAAGAUACAAGAUACCUAUGGUGAUAUGAAUGGAUUCUGUAGACGUUUGAAAACUUCACCAACAGAAGGUUUAGCUGGCAAUCCUGUAGAUCUUGAAAACAGAAAACGGAUUUUUGGUAGAAACUUUAUACCUCCAAAAAAGCCAAAAACUUUCCUACAGUUAAUCUGGGAAGCACUACAAGAUGUGACCCUAAUCAUCCUAGAACUUGCAGCCAUUAUCUCCUUGGGCCUCUCAUUUUAUCAACCACCUGGAGAAAGAAGUGAAAUGUGUGGCAGUGCUGCAGGUGGUGUGGAGGAUGAAGGGGAAUCUGAAGCAGGCUGGAUUGAAGGAGCUGCCAUCCUGCUCUCUGUUAUCUGUGUGGUUUUUGUGACUGCCUUUAAUGACUGGAGCAAAGAGAAGCAGUUUCGAGGUUUGCAAAGCCGGAUCGAACAAGAACAGAAGUUUGCCGUUGUCAGAGGAGGCCAAGUCAACCAAAUCCCAGUGUCUGAAAUAGUUACUGGUGAUAUUGCACAAAUUAAAUAUGGUGAUCUGCUCCCUGCAGAUGGAGUGUUAAUUCAGGGAAAUGACCUUAAAAUUGAUGAAAGUUCUUUAACUGGAGAAUCUGAUCAUGUCCGCAAAUCUGCAGACAAAGACCCCAUGCUACUUUCUGGUACCCAUGUUAUGGAGGGCUCAGGCAAAAUGCUGGUUACAGCUGUAGGAGUUAACUCUCAAACCGGCAUCAUCUUCACACUGUUGGGUGCAGGUGGUGAGGAAGAGGAAAAGAAAGACAAGAAAGGUCGAGCAAAAGAAGACGGACGACGACUACCAGCAUCUCCCCAGCCUCCCCCCCAUGCUAUUCCCUCCCAGCCCCUGUCUACUUCAGGUGCAGAUGGUGCAACAGGUGAAAAUGCCACUGACAGCACAAAUGCCAGCUUAGUCAAUGGCAAAUUGCAGGAUGGAAAUAUGGAUAACAGCCAGAAUAAAGCCAAGAAGCAAGACGGUGCAGCUGCCAUGGAGAUGCAGCCUCUGAAGAGUGCGGAAGGAGGCGAUGGAGAAGACAAAGAGAAGAAGAAGGGGGGCACGCCCAAGAAGGAGAAAUCUGUGCUGCAGGGGAAACUCACCAAGCUGGCAGUGCAGAUAGGGAAAGCGGGACUGGUAAUGUCGGCAAUCACAGUUAUUAUUCUUGUGCUAUACUUCGCCAUCGAUACUUUUGUGAUUCAAAAGCUGCAGUGGCUGCCUGAAUGCACUCCGGUCUAUAUCCAAUUCUUCGUUAAAUUCUUCAUUAUUGGUGUCACUGUUCUUGUCGUGGCUGUCCCAGAGGGUCUCCCACUGGCUGUCACCAUCUCCCUUGCCUACUCUGUGAAGAAAAUGAUGAAAGACAACAAUCUAGUCAGGCAUUUGGAUGCCUGUGAAACCAUGGGCAACGCAACAGCUAUCUGCUCUGACAAAACGGGCACUUUGACCACAAACCGAAUGACGGUGGUGCAGGCUUAUAUUGGUGAUGUCCACUAUAAAGAAGUCCCUGACCCUGAUGCCCUCCCAUCAAAAUCUCUGGAUAUGCUUGUAAAUGCAAUAUCUCUCAACAGCGCUUACACUUCCAAGAUACUGCCUCCAGACAAGGACGUUGGUCUACCCCGCCAGGUUGGUAAUAAGACUGAAUGUGGGCUGUUGGGACUUAUCUUGGACUUGAAGCAAGACUACCAAGCCGUCCGUGAUAUAACACCAGAAGAGAAGCUCUACAAAGUCUACACCUUCAACUCCGAGAGAAAGUCCAUGAGUACUGUAAUCAAAAUGCCAGAUGGAAGUUUCCGGAUGUACAGUAAAGGAGCCUCAGAAAUUGUCCUAAAAAAAUGCUCAAACAUCCUAAACAGUGCCGGAGAGCCGCGGCCCUUCAGGCCUCGUGACCGUGAUGAGAUGGUGAAGAAGGUGAUCGAGCCCAUGGCUUGCGAUGGACUGAGGACCAUUUGUAUUGCCUACCGUGACUUUCCAGGUAGUCCAGAGCCUGACUGGGAAAAUGAAAGCAACAUUUUAUUAGACCUGACAUGUAUAGCUGUCGUUGGCAUUGAGGACCCAGUGAGACCAGAGGUUCCAGAUGCCAUCAGAAAGUGCCAGCGAGCUGGUAUUACUGUACGCAUGGUCACAGGCGACAACAUUAACACAGCUCGAGCUAUCGCUAUUAAAUGUGGUAUCAUUAAUCCAGGUGAGGACUUCAUCUGCUUGGAGGGCAAAGAUUUCAACAGGAGGAUCCGCAAUGAAAAAGGAGAAGUUGAACAAGAACGUAUUGACAAAAUCUGGCCAAAACUACGUGUACUUGCUCGUUCAUCUCCUACUGACAAGCAUACUUUAGUAAAAGGUAUAAUUGACAGCGUGCAUGGAGAGCGGAGACAAGUUGUAGCUGUAACUGGUGAUGGAACCAAUGAUGGACCAGCACUGAAGAAAGCAGACGUUGGUUUUGCUAUGGGAAUUGCAGGCACUGAUGUGGCAAAGGAAGCCUCUGACAUUAUCUUGACUGAUGACAACUUCAGCAGCAUUGUGAAGGCUGUCAUGUGGGGCCGAAAUGUUUAUGACAGCAUCUCCAAGUUCCUGCAGUUCCAGCUCACAGUGAAUGUUGUUGCGGUUAUUGUGGCCUUUACUGGAGCAUGCAUCACCCAGGAUUCUCCAUUGAAGGCUGUGCAGAUGUUGUGGGUGAACCUCAUCAUGGAUACUUUCGCCUCCCUGGCCCUCGCCACGGAGCCACCUACGGAAGCACUGCUGAUGAGGAAACCAUACGGCAGGGACAAACCCCUCAUUUCACGAACCAUGAUGAAAAAUAUUCUGGGUCAUGGGAUAUACCAACUUGCUGUUAUCUUCACUCUACUCUUUGCUGGGGAGACGAUUUUUAACAUUGACAGUGGCAGAAAUGCACCACUGCACGCCCCACCAUCCGAGCACUACACCAUCAUUUUUAACACGUUUGUCCUGAUGCAACUCUUCAAUGAAAUCAAUGCUCGCAAGAUUCAUGGAGAGAAGAAUGUGUUCGACGGCAUUUUCAGAAAUCCCAUUUUCUGCAGUAUCGUCUUCGGCACUUUUGCAGUUCAGAUUGUAAUUAUUCAGUUUGGAGGAAAACCUUUCAGUUGUACCCCUCUGCAAAUCGACCAGUGGCUGUGGUGCAUUGUUCUGGGAGUGGGAGAAUUGCUAUGGGGACAGGUAAUAUCCUCCAUCCCUACCAAUCGAUUGAAAUUUCUGAAGGAGGCAGGCCAUGGAACUCAGAAGGAUGACAUCCCAGAAGAAGAACUUAAUGAAGAUGCUGAAGAAAUUGAUCACGCAGAGAGGGAGCUUCGACGUGGACAGAUACUUUGGUUCAGAGGGCUAAACAGGAUACAAACUCAGAUCGAAGUAGUCAACACAUUCAAGAGUGGCACUUCCUUUCAGGGGGCUCUAAGGCGCCAGUCAUCCGUUACCAGCCAAAAUCAAGAUAUCCGCGUCGUGAAGGCAUUCCGUAGCUCUCUCUAUGAAGGAUUAGAGAAACCGGAAUCAAAAUCCUCAAUUCACAACUUCAUGACCCAUCCUGAGUUUAGGAUAGAUGACUCACAGCCGCACAUCCCCCUAAUCGAUGACACGGAUAUAGAAGAAGACGCUGCCCUUAAGCUAAACUCCAGUCCGCCCUCAUCCCCCAACAAGAACAACAAUGCUAUUGAUAGUGGAAUAAACCUUACAACUGACACCAGUAAAUCAGCUACCUCUUCUAGUCCUGGGAGCCCGCUACAUAGCCUGGAAACAUCACUCUAGCUGACCAUUUCUGUGCAAAAACAGAAUCUACAAACAAAAAAAAACCUGCUGGCUGAUAAACUGUUCUGAUCGUGCUCUUCUAUGCUCUACAGCAAGAAGGGAAAUUGAAGGAAGGGUGAUUUCUUGUUUGGCUGACCCUCCUCAAGAUAGAGAUCCUGCAUGAAUGUACAUUUCCCAAAUUUCACUGGAAGGACCACAGCUGAGUGCACCUAAGGCAACUUAUCCAAUCCACUGGUCUGUGACUUUUGAAGUGCUUGUGUGGCAUGGACUUAAUUGUAUAGAUUAAUUUAAGAAAAAAAAAGAAACUUUAACAAUUGAAUUUGCAAAGCUCAACUUGCACAGUAGAAUUGCACCAAUUGAACAGAGGAACUUUCUAAGCAUUUAUGAAAUACCUACAGAGUUUAUCUUUGUUUCUUGGCAUGUUGCCCUGCUUAAUUGCUCUUACUUAUUUAUGUCCUUAAGAGAAUGUAAUUUGUUUACAAAACCUGUAGAUAACUUCCUUAAUUAUUUGUAGAGUAUAAGUUCUGCUGAUAUGGUACAAGCAGCUUUUCUCGUUGAGUACAUCUGUAAUAUUGAAUUCUAGAUGUUUCAUUACAAUUGUGUACUGAAUUUGCCUGCUUUUUUGUUAAAUAUUGUAGAUAUUGCUAGCAGAAACAAAGAAGCCAAAAUAUAACAGGGAAAUAUUGUUCAAAGUGGUACACUAAUGUUAAUGAUUGUGGACUAAAAUGCAGCAUGGCUUCCUUUAUUUCCUAGAAUAUAUCUUUAGUACCUAAAGUCCUCUGGAUUUUUUUUCUUUUUUCAUAUAAAUGCUUGAAUUUUAUUUUGGUCUUUCUCAAACUCGCAAAGGCCAACUUGAAAUGUAAUUUGAUUGAACUGUCUGCUAUAUAUAGACACCUGCUUGUUAAAAUAAGAUGUUUCAAAAUAACUGUAACUAUCCAAGCUUGUAAUGGGUUUAUUAGAGCUGAUUGCAAAAUAAGUUAUAUUUGGCUUUGUCUAUAUGGGCAAAAAAAUCAAAGUAGUGUUGAAAUCUUGUGAUAUUGUGUUGAUUUAUAAUUCUUUUCCCUUUGGUGGCUAAUUGGAUUUUUUUAAAUCACAACUUGAAGGCUGUCAAAAAUGGCAAAACAAUCUGGGUUGCUUUGUUUUUUUUUUAAUUUUGUUUUUUAAAAAGAACAAUCUUCAUAAUCGGCACUCUGCAAAUAUGAAUGAAACUUUCUGUGAAGUAUUUAGAUGUGCUUUGCGUGGUUUUAUCAAGCUUGUCUUUCUGCAGACAUCUACUCAAUACAUCAUACCAUCCCAGCAGUAUGGUUUAAAUCUACUAACUAUGCUUUUUUAAGUGGAAGCCAUUAAAAGCUUGUCACAAGGGUGAAACCAAAAGCGCUUCAAGAUGAUAACAGCCCUUUAUAUUUUUUAUCGGGGGAUUGGGGCUACAUGCCUAUCAAGCAGUAAGCAUAAAACAUCUUUUGCAUCACGGGCAGAGUAAAAGACUUUGUUUUUAAACUCUUAUUUUGAUUCUGUGGCUUGCAGAGGUCCAUUAAGAAAGACAAAAUAUUGAAGAACUGUCUGUGCUCUGCUAAAAAGGAACUUGCCUAUAAUUCUGAGUUCGGACAUUUCUGAAUUUGCCAGUAAAUCUUGUAUAUAUAUAUAGCAACACACAUAUACAAUAAGACACACUUAAAGUAAGACAUAUAAAUCUGGGCUUCUGUGGGCAUGCAUGUGUGGUGUAGCUUCCGUUUAAAAUCAAAUUAGAUGAAAUUUCAGCCAGUCACUAUCACAGGUCACAAGCUACAAAGACUUUUGUUUCUUUGGCAUCUGUUUAGUGAAGGACAGCCUAGAAUGAGGAAAUUGAAGGAUCAAUUUAUUAAGGUCAUUCUGCAAUACAAACUUGCUUGCUUCAACAUAAUGUAUUUAUCAGCAUGAGUUUUGUGAAAAUAAUAAAUAAUAAAAAAAAUUGCAGCAGAACAAUUGGCAAUGGGCCCUGACUGGCCAAUGACAUGAGUUCAUCCAUCUGUUUUUAUGAAUUUUUUACCCAGACAAUAAUUGUAAAUAAAGAACUAAAUGUCUAUGUUCAUUUAAUACUAUGCAAAAAGGUUAUGCUUUAUGAUUGUUAUUCUCAUAUUCCUUCAAGUGUGUUGCUGGAAUGUUUGUGGUUUAAAAAGUCAGUAAACCAUGUGAUGUAAAUUAUUUUAUAGUUUUGAAAACCAUGAACUGGCUCUUGCUGCUAACUGUCAAAUGAAUAGAUUAUCUGGUGGCAGGAGCACAAGUGGAAACAAAACAAAAAAAAACAAUAAAUUCACAGAGCAGCAUGAAUUAUACAUGUCUUCACGUCACCAUCCUUGCUUUGUGUCUUCUCUUCAAAUCUGGGGUGAGUAUCACGAACCAGCUUCAUUAGCUCCUUGCUGCUGGUAAAUGUUAAAAUUAUUUUGAUUUAUUGAGAUACAGCGCAGAAUAGGCCUGUAGAGCCACACUACCCAGCGAACCCCGAUUUAAUCCUAGCCUAAUCUCGGAAGAAUUUACAAUUAUAAAUUAACCUACGAACUGGUAUGUCUUUGGACUGUAAGAGGAAACCCACGCAGUCACAGGGAGAACGUACAACUCUUUACAGGCAGUGGCAGAAAGUGAACCCAGGUCACCUCUACUGUAAAAGUACUGUGCUAGCAACUGCGCUACCUAAUGUGGCCUUUGUUGAUAAUCUCUGGAACCUCAUGGUUAUUCACAGAACAGAAGGGAGCCUUGCCUUCAUUGUUCCUUUUCUUAUUGCUCAGAAGAUAGUGCUCCUUGUGCUGUUUUGAGAUUUAAGAGAUUACUAGCAUAUAGUAUCAGAAUCAGGGUUAAUAUCACCGGCAUAUGUCGUGAAAUUUGUUAACAUUGCAGCAGCAGUACAAUGCAAUACAUGAUAAUAGAGAAAAAGCAGUGUAAAUAUAUAUAUAUAUAUUAAAUAGUGAAAUGAAUUAAGUAGUGCUAAAACAAUAAAAAAAAGUAGUGAGGUAGUGUUCAUGGGUUCAAUUUCCAUUCAGUAAUGGGAUGGCAAAGGGGAAGAAACUGUUCCUGAAUUGCCAUCCUGAUGGUAGCAAUGAGAAGGGGGUAUGGCUUGGGUGAUGGGGUUCAUUAAUGAUGGAUGCAGCCUUUUUGAGGCACCGCUCCCUGAAGAUGUCCUGGAUACUACAGAGGCUAGUACCCAUGAUGGAAGAUGAUGGAUAUUUUUACAGAAACAAUUUGAUGAUGCAAUUAAGUGGUAUAUACUGUACAUCACACUUUAAUGACUGUGUGUUUAAAUCCCCUGAUUAGUUUAACCUGGGUUAAUAGAUCAGAUUUUACUGAUAAUAAACUAACAACUUGGCUAGAUACAGAAAUUCCCACAUUUCCCACAAGCUGAGUUCUAAUUUUAUUGUGGGGUAGUUUAACUUAAGAAAAUACUUUUAUUUAUUUAGUGAUACAGUAAUACGGGAGUAGGCCCCAGUUAUACAGGAGUAGGCCCUACCAGCCCUUUGAGCCACGUUACCCCAGGCAACGCCCGACAAAAUCGAUUAACCCUAACCUAAUCACGGGACAAUUUACAAUGACCAAUUAACCUAACUGGUACGUCUUUGGAUAGUGGCAGGAAAGUAGAGAACAUAGAAAACCCACGCAUUCCACAGGGAGGACGUACAGAGGCUCCUUACAGAACACAGCUGGAAUUGAACUCCAAACUCCGGAACACCUCAAGCUGUAAUAGUGUAACGGUAACCACUACACUACCUUGGCCCUGAUAUUGGCUGGGUUGGGAUGUCACUCAUGGAAACCCUGGAGCAUAAUAGGCUUGGCUUCCCAAUCGGGAGGUUGUCACGAUGUAGGUUUAGGAGCAGAAUGGGAACUUUUGAGUUCACAGGGAUUGUGAGUGUGGAGGUUGGGAUCAUCACCAAACCUGGGGCAAUGGUGAGUGGGAUAAAAUUCCUUAUCACCAAGGCAGGAGAAUAUGCAGUGGUAAUGGUGGUUAGGGAGGCAAGUCAAAUAGAUGCAAUUUGAAGCUCCACCUGACCUACAAGUAAUAAUCUAAAUUUUUCAGUGAAACUGCCCUCUUCUGUCUUUAUUUAUGGGAUUCCAGAGUCUGGGAAAGUAAGCAAUCCGGGUUCAGUCUGAUUAAGUUUGAGGCAUGUAGUUUAUUUAUAACAUUCAAACAAUGAACCUGUCUGCUGGAAAUGGAUGGUUACUUGCCUAGGUUUAAAACCAGAAAUAGGCCAAUUUGGAUCAGGUUUGACAUUUAAAAUUUUUCUUAUCCUAUCAGACCCAACCCAGAAAUAUUUGAGGAGUUUAAAAUUAACCACUUUAUUUUCAAGUUCAAGGUAGGUUGAGAAAUAAUUUCCAUAUUCUUACUAUCUCCUGACAACAUCGAAUGAGGUUGCUCUGCCAAUCAAGUCUACGCCGGCUCAGGAAGCAAUCCCAUUCUUCCAUUAAUUUUCCCUGUGACCUAUUCUCCACAUAUUCCUAUCAGUUCACCUGGGAUUAUACCACUUGUUUAGGGACAAGUUACAGUGGCCAAUCAACCUACCGACCUGUGUGUCUUUGGAAUGUAGCAGGAAACUGCAACACCAAGAGAAAACCCAUACAAACUACCCCCUCCUCGCACACGCUCUGGCUAUCAGGAUGAACCCAGCUUACAGGUGCUAUGAGGUAGUAGUUCUCCCAUCUGCACCACUGUGCCAUCCACAAUUGUAAUAAUGAGAAAUGUUCAAGGUAAUUUUGGAUAACUCACUCUGAGAUACCAGACUGCUUCUUUAUAGAAGACCUUCACGAAAGGUCAUGGCUUGAAGCAUUUGUUACCAGGUCAAACAAAUACUUCCUCCACCAAAUAAUCUUAGCAUGCGGUUUAAUCGAUCUUCCCAGUUGUGUAGCAUUAACAUGAAGAGGUGAUCCACUGUUGCUAAAAGUUGAAAUACCAGGCAACAUGCCAAGUAGGAGAGACUCUACUUUAUUCCAUAGAUGCUGCCUGGCCUGCUGAGUUCCUCCAGCAUUUUGUGUGUGUUAGUAAGAGAGGGGUACGGUUUCUGACAGGAUUUAUAAUUAGAAAUGCUGUGAUGGACUUUGCCAGGAUGGGGUCGAGGGGAAGGGGUCUGAAGUAUAAAAUUUGUUCCUGUCAAAAUUUGAACAGAAUAUCUGGCAGCAAAGUUACUUUAAUGUUCUAAGCUUCUAAAAUCUCAUGAGAAAAUGGGCACUAAGACUUGGCUCCCUCUUUCCACUACUAUAGUAAAUGGUUGCUUUCCAAUGUAGCAGAAAGCAGAAAUGAUAGUCCUUUGGCCCAAAGUCCUAUAAAACUCGUGGUUUUGUUAAGGAAUUAACAAAGGCAGAGCAAAGUAACAUCAGAAUUACAUAUGGUCUUGACAGCUUCAUCUACCCACAAAUUGCUACUUUUUUGGACAGGAUCGCUGGCUGCCUAAAUCAAGAAUCCGGGAUCUCUUGUGACAACUUGGAGUUUUAUUCCCUGUAGUUUUUUAACUUGUUUUUGCCCACUUAAAUGUAGAAAUGAGACAUUAUGAGUAUGACAAGUGGCCUCAUUUUCAGUAGGCCAAUUACCAAGAAUUUCCAUUGUGUGCAUGCCUCCUUUGUAUUUCAAUAACUCAACUGUUCAUUUUUCAAUCAGACUGUCCAUAACAGAGUAACUGUCACUUCCAUCAGUUGUACUGAGUAUAUAAUUUAUGUAGAAAUGACAUUUGUUUUGUGACCAAACAAACGCGGGUAUGCAUUAUUCAUCAGUUAUCGCACUGUAAUUACAACACAACAGGGCCAACAGCCUACUUUCUAUUUCAAUGCAAUCCUAUAUUGAUGAAUCAAGCUAUAAUAUUUUGAGUAUUCUGUGCAUGUCUGCUUAUUCACACUUCAAAAAAUCAACUUGUACUUCAUAUUCUAUCUUACCCCUUGCUGCUUGAAAUCCAUUGUCCUGCACUUCAAGAGCUAGCAAAAUUAAAAACAGUUGAAAGCUUUAAAUCUAUUUGCGAAAAAAUAAACUUCUAAUUUUCAUUUCACAAAAGUCUAUCGAUAAAUCCACCUUUAACUAUCGACCCUAUUACGGUGUAAAACUAAACUUGUCUUGAUAUGCAUAAAUUUUGUUUGUUUAUAAUUGUUCCUUUUGUGCCACACAAAAGGUAUUGAUUAUGGAAAAUAAACAUGGUUA